AAUGGCAUAAAUUUGAGACACGAGGUUGACAGUUUUAGCACACAAGGUAAUGAUGCUUAUCUAAGACAAAUGUCUUCAUGCUCCAUCCAACUUCACACGUUCCCAGCGACAAACUGAAAUGAAAGGUUUAUAUCUAUUUUCCCUUGUUCUGAGCGGCUCUCUUGUCAGUGUGACGUCAUUUCUGAAUACCGGUACCUCCCCUUCCUCCCCAAAUACCAGUCUGCGGAGCUGUAUGAGAGAAGCCGGAUAUUACAAAAGAUCAAAGAGUAGCUAUAGAAACUACAGAAACAAAUUCUCUAAUUCAAUGAAGAGAUGGUGCUUAGUGCAUGAAAGAGUGCUACCGUGUGUCCAAACCUCUAUAGAAGACAAAGCUCUUCGGAGCCCUUCGGACUGGUUCCUUUCUAUGACGUUUGACUCCAGAUUGGCUUCAAGAACAUCAAUCGCCAUGUGCAAGAAAUUGAAAAAAUUAAAAAGGAAGCUGAAGUGCAUCAAGCCCUCUAGCUUACGGAGAGCCAGGAGAUGUGUUAAGUCGCUGACAAAGCCUCUUCGACAAACUCUGACAGAAAUGUACAUACAGAACAAAACAAACGGACACGAUGCCCAGAAACUGGCUUGCAUAAUAUCAGCUGCAACAGCUACAUGUUAUAAAGAGAAGAUACGUUCCUGCCGAGGUUACCUUCGGAAUUACAUCGGUGCCUACCAUGUUAUACUGGGCGGGAAAUGUCUGUCUGUUCUUCAGACAUCAGUUGACUUUGCAGACGACUCGUUCAUUAUCCCAAGACAGACAGACAGGAACUGGAUAUCCAUCGUCCAGUCGAUUCUCAAAGAAGUAGGCAUUAACUAUUUUCCAACACGUACAACAUCAGAAAUACACUCAACGGAAGCAUCAUCACAAGAGACAUGGAAGUUUACCUCUGCGCCACCGACAAAGCCAAUGUCUGAUUCAAUUGUAGACAACCAGUCAACGUCAUAUCUUGGUGAAAGUGCGAGGUCAGAAUCAGAGAGUACAAAUAAAACUGAAAGUGAAGAAAACAAACACAUGCAACGUACCACAACAAUGAUUGAAUUUAAUCUCACUACCUCAAUAAUACGUCCAAACGAAAACAGUAACAACUCAGAAUCACAGGAAGGAAGUGACGUCACCGACAGUGACGAUGCUAUUUACAAAAAUAAUGUUAGUACGAGUUUCGACAAACCUCUUAACUACACACCUUCCACAUUUUCCAAUAAAUCUGAUGUGGACGAGUCAUCUUCAACAGCAUCACCAUAUUUGUUCAUGCCGUCAACAUCGUCAAAAUCCCUAUCGUGUUUGUCCUUAUUCUCUCUCAUUGUGAUCGCUUUGGUGUUUCACUGAAUCUUUGACAAUCUUUUUUGUAUGUCUAUAUUCUUAUGCUGUACAAAUUAAUAAGUGUGUCCUGUAAAUAGUAUACUGAUAUUUGUAAAUAAAUAUGUUUCAAAGUUUC